UGACGUUAAUGACAACUGACAGUUUUAAAAUCAUUUUCUCUAUUUUACUUUCCAUUUCGAUUCGAGGACAAUUUUACGAUUUGCUAUUUAGCAUUUUGUUCUGCUGCAAUUAAUAUUUAGUGAGCGUUUUUAUCUGUUUUUUCGAUUAUCAUGGAAGCUAUUCAAAAGGUUCAAGGUGUUUUAGAUAAGGAUAUUAUCAAUAAAUUCAAAAAGGAUUUUUAUGCCGACGAGAAGAACGUCCUGGCCCAAAAUGUUUGUACAAAAAUUGAUCCUUUCGAAGCAGCCUUACGAAGGAAAACACUGGAGGAAACUCAACAUGUUUUCAAUCAAAAAAUCGAAAUCGAGGGCAAGCCGAUCACCAAUCAACGCAGCUCGGGGAGAUGCUGGCUGUUUGCGGCCUUGAACGUAAUGCGUUUGCCGUUCAUCAAACACCACAACAUUGAGGAUUUCGAAUUCUCGCAAGCGUACCUGUUCUUCUGGGACAAGAUCGAAAGAUGCAAUUUUUUCCUCAACAACAUCGUUUCUACUGCCAGACGGAACGAAACCGUCGACGGACGAUUGGUCUCGUUCUUAUUGCAUGAUCCCACUUGCGAUGGCGGUCAGUGGGACAUGAUCGUGAACCUUAUCAAUAAGCACGGAGUGAUGCCGAAGAAGAACUUCCCGGAGUCUUUCAGUUGCGAGCAGAGCGUCAAGAUGAAUCAGAUUCUGAAGAGUAAACUGAGAGAGUUCGCCCGAGCGAUCAGAGAGCUCGUUUCGAAGGGCGGUAGCGACGGUGACAUUCAAAGUCUGAUAUCGGAACAAAUGACCCACGUAUACAGAAUUGUAGGAAUCUGCUUGGGCAUACCGAACGAUACUUUCACGUGGAGCUUUUACGACAAGAACAAGGCGUUCCACAGCAUCGGGCCGAUAACGCCCAAGGAGUUUUACGAGCAACACGUUAAGCCUUACUUUAACGUUGACGAUAAAGUUUGUUUAGUUACCGAUCCUAGGCCGACUAACCAAUACGGCAAAAUUUAUACCGUAGAUUGUUUAGGUAAUAUGGUCGGCGGUAGAAAAUGCAUUUACAAUAACCAACCGGUGGAAUUGUUACUCGACUUGACGGCAACCAGUAUCAAAGAGGGCGAAGCCGUUUGGUUCGGUUGCGAGGUCAGUAAGAGAUACGUGGCCAAGAAUGGAAUACAAGAUGUUAAAGCGCACGAUUUUCCUCUCAUUUUCGGCGUCGACAUUCAAGUCACUUUAUCGAAAGCUGACCGGUUGUUGUACGGUGAGAGUGCCAUGUCGCACGCGAUGGUGUUUACAGCUGUUAAUACGAACGAAAAUGGCGAAGUCGAAAAACUGAGAGUGGAAAAUUCUUGGGGCGAGGACAGAGGCGAAAAAGGUUAUCUGAUUAUGACAUCCGAGUGGUUUAAGGAAUUUACGUUCGAGGUCGUUAUUGACAAGAAAUUCGUGCCGAAAGAUGUGAUGGACGUCUUCAAUCAGGAACCCAUUGUCUUACCGGCUUGGGAUCCCAUGGGAACUUUGGCCCAUUGAUCGUUUUUCGGCGGACUUUAUGAUUUAUACCUAUAUUAUGAUUUAUUGCAUAAGGAUACCGAUUACCUUCAUUCACAUUUUCUUUCAAUGAAAUCGUGAUUUGACUAAAAAUAAUAAUUCUAAAUUGUG